AUGGGCCCCUGUACCGCCUCCUCAUGCUGCUGCCAGGCCCGUAAUCUGCCAUGGGCCCCUGUACCGCCUCCUCAUGCUGCUGCCAGGUCCAGAGUGUCUCAUGGGUCCCUGUACGGCCUCAUUGCUGCUGUCUCCAUCGCCACACUCUGCCAUGUGCCACUUUCAGGUCUCCUCACACUGCUGGUGGGUUCCAUUUUGUCAUAGGGUGCUGGCAGAUUACGGGCCUCCCAUUGCUGCUGCCAGGCCCGUAAUCUGCCAUGGGCCCCCGUACCGCUGCUCCUCAAUCUGCCAUGGGCCCCUGUACCGCCUCCUCAUGCUGCUGCCAGGUCCAGAGUGUCUCAUGGGUCCCUGUACGGCCUCCCAUUGCUGCUGUCUCCAUCGCCACACUCUGCCAUGUGCCACUUUCAGGUCUCCUCACACUGCUGGUGGGUUCCAUUUUGUCAGGGUGCUG